GUACAUUCACGUUCAGGGUCAGACUGACAGGAGGCUGGUUAAUGUGUCACGGGCAUAUGCUCUGAAAGACUGCAGUGAUUCGGACGGUCCACCGCUAUUUACUCUGCGGUGUAAGACAAGGUAACUGAAGACAACACAGAAUCCGAUGUAAAGAUGUCAUCUAAAGACAACACUAUUAGUUUCCCUGAGCUUAUAAAGCUGAAACGAGACUGUGGCCAACUCAACAGAGCAGAAAUAAGCACUUUUGUACAAGGAGUCACAUCAGGAGCCAUCCAGAAGAGUCAAAUAGGUGCUAUGCUAAUGGCCAUAUGGCAGAAGGGCAUGACUGAUGAAGAAACCCUGGCAAUGACAAGAGAGAUGAUGAACUCUGGAGAGACGUUUAAAUGGCCGAAGGAAUGGCUUGUGGUAGACAAACACUCAACCGGUGGAGUCGGAGACAAAGUCAGCCUUCCACUUGCUCCUGCUCUGGCUGCAUGUGGCUGUAAGGUGCCCAUGAUAAGUGGAAGAGGACUGGCACAUACAGGUGGCACCCUGGACAAGCUGGAGUCUGUACCUGGGUUUAGAGUCAACCAGUCAGUUGAACAGGUUAAGCAGAUCAUAGAGAAUGUGGGCUGUUGCAUUGUGGGACAGACAGAGAGUCUAGUUCCAGCAGAUCGUGUUCUCUACACCAUCAGAGACGCCACAUCAACUGUUGACAGUCUUCCUCUUAUCAUCAGCUCCAUCAUCUCUAAGAAAGGAGCUGAAGGUCUGAGUGCUCUUGUGUUAGACGUGAAGUUCGGCAGAGCUGCUCUGUAUAAAGAUUUAAAUAGCGCUCGGCGGCUUGCUCAGUCACUGGUCACUGCAGGCAACAAGCUGGGUGUGAAGACCGGGGCAUUGCUCAGCCGGAUGGACGUUCCCAUUGGCCAGAGUGUGGGAAAUGCGGUCGAGGUGUGUGAAGCACUUGAGUGUCUUAAAGGACGAGGGUCAGAUGAUCUCAAAGAACUGGUCACAAAUUUAGGUGGGUAUCUAUUGUGGAUAUGUGGCCACUCCGGUACUCUAGAUAGUGGGAAAACUGAAAUCGCUGUGAAACUGGAGAAUGGAGAAGCCCUGAAAAAGUUUGAGGCGAUGCUGGUGGCUCAGGGUGUGUCUGCAGAUGUUGCACAUUCCCUGUGCUCAAACGAGACGGACUACUUUGAGCACAUUAAGCGUGCAGCGCAUCAGACAGAGCUCAAGGUGCUAGAUGAUGGAGCCGUUUUGGACAUUGACGGUUUGGCCCUGGCUGAAGUGCUGCAUAAACUAGGCGCAGGCCGUACUAAAUCGGGAGAGGAAAUCGAUCAUAGUGUGGGAGCAGAGAUCUUGGUUGAGAUGGGACAGCAGGUACAGAAAGGUCAAUCAUGGAUCAGGAUUCAUCACAAUUGCCCUAAUCUGAAUCCACACUUUUCCGGCCUGCAGAAAGCUUUGGUCAUUGGCAGAAAUGACAUGUACGAGAAAGUAUCACGUGUGGCAGAAUUCAUCCACCCAGAUAAUCCCAACAUGUCAUAA